UUGUCUGAUUUGAUCAACUGAUAGGUGAAAAUCGAUUCAUCAAAAUGGCCGAGAGAUCAACAGAGAGGAGCAAAAUACUAAAGCACGUAGGAGAAGGGAAGACGGUAGAUGUGUGCGUGUGUAGCUGUAGUCAAAUGAACACCGUGCAGGGAUUAAUCCAACAGAUCAAAGAAGAAAUGACGGACGUCGUCGGAAGCAUGACGUUUCAGACUCUCCCUUACAACAUCAGAGACAUUAAUGCGUUUGAUUUCAGUGGGAUAGAUGUUCUACUUCUCUGCCAUUCUAUAGAGAACAGGCUAUUCUCACUUACCAACGUUACUAGUGCUCUCUAUGAUGUUUUCUUACCAAGGGCAAAGAAAUUCUUAGGUAAGAGCAAGGUUGGAGUAAUCGCAUAUGAUUUAUCCGAGGAUUCUCUGGAGCAAGAUUGUGUAGCUAUAACUAUGAAUUGGUUACGUGACAAACAAGAGACUACAUUCGCCUGCUCUUCUCUAGUUCUGAUCGGCGGUCAGCUGAGUCAAGUUCCAGUGAGGCUAACCCACCAACAGUUUAGUGACCUCAAGCAUUUCUUUCUUACUGCUUCAACCCCACCUACACGCACCUUUUGUCUUCCCUUUGCCCUCUGCUUUUGUCGCAGUGAAUGUCACAAUUCUUGACCGUCUUCAGAAUGUUUUGUUUUCCUAGGUUUCCAACGGAUUUGAAAUGAUUUCCAGGAGCAAGUGGCGGAUCCAAG